AUGCAAAGAGUAAACUUUGGACUCGCUUUGUAUGGGCGGGGCUAUACUUUGGCCGACCCAGCCUGUAGAAGAGCAGAUGGUACAUGCUACUGGACCUCUGGUAGUAAGGCUGCUGCUUGUACAGCUCAAGAGGGUAUCAUGUCAAUAGUUGAGAUCAAAGCCCUUCUUGCAGAAAAAGGCUUCACCCCAACACCUUUGGGCAACGAUAAGUCAAUGAUGAAACAAAUAACCUGGGACGAUCAGUGGAUGGGCUACGAUGACGAGGAGAUAAUCAAGCAGAAGACGGCUUAUGCUGGGCAGCAUUGCUUUGGCGGAACAAUGGCAUGGAGCAUUGACCUCGCUACCGCUGAAUCAGAGAACCCGCCUCCUCCUCCCAGUGAUGGAGAUCUCUGCAAUGAUGAUAUUACGCCUGACUUGUGGAACAAGCACAAUCUUGGAGACUUCCUAGUGGAUGCGUGCAAGGCUUCUACCGCACAGCAUGGUUUGAUCGAAACAUUAGAAGACAAGAUCUCAAAACGUACAGAAUGGACAUGCUCGUUUGCCGACUGCAGCACGUCGAGCGGUCCGUGGGAUACUAUUUGCGGACCUGAAGCCACAACUGUGCUUUAUGCCGACGGACAAUUUAUUGCCAUGUUGAACACCAUGCAUGAAAAUGUGCAGCAUGCAAUCACUUAUCUAGACAAGAAGAGCGGUGAUAUAAAAGACGAUUUCUAUCCUAAUGCACCGGCUUCUGGCUCUUCAGGUACGAUCGGCACUGCCUUGAGUGCGGUGGGGUCAAUUUUGGGCAUUAUUCCAGGAGUUGGUGCUUUAGCUGGUGCUGGCGCUUCGGUGGCUGGUUCCAUAGUCAGCGGCAUGGCUGAUCAGGACACCGUAGCCGAUGUCGACCUAGAAAAUAUCGAGAGCAGCUGGGGAGACAUAUUUAAAUCCAUUACUGGCGACUUACGACAGCUAGCGAAUAGCUUUGAUAACAGAGAUGGGGAAGACUGGCACCAGGACUGCGAAGAUCCAAAUGGCGCGAUCCAGCUACUCAAAACUGGCGCUUUCGCUAAGGACGUUUCUCUUCCUGCAAAUGAUGCGCCGAAUGCCAUUACUGCAAGUUUAGCCCCGGUUGCGCUGAACUACCUUUGGAGUCAACAAAAGGUCAUCGUUGUCAAAGUAUCCAAGAACAGCAUUCCAUUCGACCCGUGCGAGCCAGGCAGGCUGUUCAACGACGACGUCAAAUAUUGUGAUCCAGAUGGCAACAUGUAUGUUCUACAGACUUUCCGCGACGACUACAUGGAGAUGCCCACCCUAGUAUCGGACAACGAAGUGCCAGGCUUUGCUUCUCUCCCUGAUUACAACCUGAAUCCUACUGCAAUUGCACUCGCUUCCGAAUCAGCUUACAUAGAGGGUGGCUACAAUGCACCACCCUCGCCCAAUACUGAUGGCCUGCUUGACAAUUUCCAAAAGGUGCUACAAAAUCCAGACCCGAAGACAAUCUUAGGCUCGCUUGUCCAAUUCAAGUUGCCAUUCUGCAAUCUCGACACAGCGGAUCCGAAGCUGAGCAAUCCGGACCAAGAUCCGGUUUGUGUCUACAAGUUCUGGCGUAGAAGAUGCGAGACGGACCACCCAGGUGAUCAAUCGUGCAUUGUAAGUCCGAAUUUUGCGAGUGCCAUAGCCUAUGCUAUUGCCUAA